ACCGGGAAAGGAGCCCGCUCGCUUUCUGCUCCCAGCAGCGGCAGUGCCGUAACUCGGUCACUAAGUGGCGCCAGAUUUCGACGCUUCGCCGCCGAGCUCGUCGGAAAGUCGCGCGCGCACACACAUACACACAACCCCAAGCCCAACACUUCGACAAGCACGCACAAAGCAGCUGGGCGAAGCUUUAGAGCAAGCUUCCUAGUGGUGUUUUUUUUUUUUUUUUUACUCCGAGCCGAGCCGAAGAGGAGAGGGGACGGGAGGGGGGUUAAAGGGUGACUCGGUUUACCCCGAGACGGCCGGAAAAGAGCGACGCAGCCCCUGACGGCGAAGCAUUUCGGCUGAAGAUGUACAGGAUAUUAGCCGUAGCGCUUUGGUGUUUUCUGCAAGCAGAGGGCAGGCAUCCAGAGAUCACCCUUCGUAGCAGCAGCAGCAGCAACAACAACAACAAUGGCAAUUUUUUGGACAAUGACAAAUGGCUGAGCACCGUGUCCCAAUAUGACAAAGAUAAAUAUUGGAACAAAUUCAGAGAUGAUGAUUAUUUCAGAAACUGGAAUCCAAACAAGCCUUUUGAUCAAGCCCUUGACCCAUCUAAAGACCCAUGUUUGAAGGUAAAGUGCAGCCCUCACAAAGUGUGUGUCACUCAUGACUACGAGACAGCCACUUGUGUAAGCCGCAAACAGUUGGUACACAGCCUUCGGCAAAAGAAAGGAAAUCUGCCCCAGAGGCAUUGGGCUGGAUCAUCUAAUUUAGUAAAAUGCAAGCCAUGCCCUCUGACGCAUGCCAGCUCUGUUUGUGGUUCUGAUGGACACACUUACACCACCAAGUGCAAGUUGGAAUUUCAUGCCUGCACAUCUGGCAAAAAUAUUAUAGCUCGAUGUGAAGGGCCUUGCCCAUGCCUUCCAGGACAAGAGAGUCCAAAACACAAGACUGAGAAAACUGAUCCUUUUGUCAACAUUAUCACUUCACCUCAGUUAAAGCAGAAGAAAGGAGGAGUGACUAUGGCUAAUCUCCAAGACAGCAACACAAAAGGCACAAAAAGACUUUCCAAAGCUUGCACAGACAAGGAACUGCGAAAUCUUGCAUCCCGUCUAAAAGACUGGUUUGGCAGUCUUCAUGAAGAUGCGAAUCGUGUCAUCAAGCCAACAAGCUCAGAUUCAGCACAAGGCAGAUUCGAUACUAGCAUAUUACCCAUCUGUAAGGAUUCAUUGGGCUGGAUGUUCAACAAACUGGAUAUGAACUAUGACCUUCUCCUUGAUCACUCUGAGAUCAAUGCUAUUUACCUUGAUAAGUAUGAACCAUGCAUUAAGCCUCUCUUCAACUCCUGUGAUUCCUUCAAAGAUGGAAAGCUUUCCAACAAUGAGUGGUGUUACUGCUUUCAGAAGCCUGGAGGCCUCCCAUGCCAGAAUGAGAUGAACAGAAUUCAAAAGAUGGGCAAAGGGAAGAACUUGAUGGGUGCCUUCAUCCCCCGCUGCAAUGAAGAAGGCUAUUACAAAGCAACUCAGUGUCAUGGAAGCACUGGCCAGUGCUGGUGUGUGGAUAAGUAUGGAAAUGAGAUUGCUGGCUCUAGGAAGCAAGGAACCGUAAGCUGUGAAGAAGAGCAAGAAACCUCAGGGGAUUUUGGUAGUGGUGGAUCAGUGCUAUUGUUGGAUGACCUGGAAGAAGCACAUGAAGCAGCAAAAAAGGACAAACAGAAGAUACAUGUAAGAGCAACUAAUGAGGACGAUGAAGAUGAAGAUGACGAUAAGGAUGAUGAAAUUGGGUAUAUAUGGUAGUUCCCAUAACUCUGAGGACUCAUGUUUUGCACAAUGUCACAAAUCAUUUUGUAUCUCUGCAGAGAUAAUGGAAAACAUCAGGCAUCACACAUGAAGUUCAGUCAAUAACUGUACGGGCCUCCCAGUAUGCACACUGAUCUCCUUCCCAAUUGAGCUUUCUUUUCACUUUACUGGUAGCCUCACCUCCACAGGCACACUGGAGAUCAGCAUGCAUUGCUGAAUUUGUCACUAAAGUGAACUGGGAAGACCUUUUGCAUGUGGUGCACCUUGUACACAGGGGGUAACUUUAUACAUACAUGUGCAUUUGGGUUCCUGCAGCCAUCAUGCCACCAGUAAGGACAACUCUCUCGCCACUUGAUUUAAUUUUGUAUGCUCUGUAUUAAUUUGGAAGACCACUUUCACUCUCAAAUUCUCCUUCUCUUCAGCAUAACCAUAUGCAUUAUUCUCAUUUGUUUUUCACUUUUUUCCAUAAUUAACCCAUUCACGCAGCAUAUCAUUUUGAAUGAAACAGAGACCACAGAAGGGAGGAGGGGGAGAUAGUCCAUAGUAAACUUCUUUCACGCUAUAGCUUCCAUGGUUUUCAUACGGCGGGUCCUUUUUCAUUGUGACAUUUGCUGUCAGCUACCCACUCUGUUUUCUUUUCAGCAGCUAAGGCAGGCGAUCGUUUUGUCUUGCUAUGCAGAACCUGUUAGAAAAGAUCAAAUUGCUUUAGCGUUCUGGUUUGGCCAAAUUAUUUCAUUUUAUCUCCUUCUCACUUUGCCUGAUGUUGUUUAGCGAAAGGAGAGCCGAAUGCCAAUAGUACUCCGUUAAAGUUCUCCCUGCUGACUAGGAGUGUAGAGGACAAGAUCUCAGUUGACCUUUCAGCCCAUUAAUCAAUUUCAGUUCAGUUUAAGUUAAUGAAAGUGAUGUUGACUUCAAAAAUAAAUUGUUGAUUUGCAUGCUUACACACGAGGCUCACUUUUUGACUUCUAACAAAGAGGAACCUUCUUUUCAACACAUAGGAGGAAGUCAUGCUUCGCAAAGCCGUUUCUUUGCUUCUUGUUAGUCUUUUUGCAGACUUGCAAGUCUCGAAUUUGUUUUAAUCGAGUUUGCGCUAAUGCUAUGCAAGCUUCUCUCUGCUUCCGGAAUAGCAUACCAUUGGAUUGCUGAAAAUGCUUUUUUUUUUCCAUUUAGUCUAAUGAUUCCUCAUAGGGAAGCACUGAAACUGUCAGAGGCACUAACCAUCAAAAGUAAUAAGCUGUCUUUCCUUUAUUUAAAAUUGUUAGUAUUUAUUUGCUCCAGUUUAGAAGAAAAAUAUCCUUAGGCAGGUGUUUCCAUGGUUAAUAUCACUCCUAGUUAACAUCACAAGAGAAACUUACACUCAUGAACCAGAAGAGUGUGGAAUAGAAUUAUCCCAUAAACGGUCCUGAAUUAUUCUAUCUCCAUAGCAGCAUCUUAUUGUGCUCAAUUGCCAUUCAUUGUGGGAAAAUAAAUGUGCUACUGCAGACAUUAUAACAGGUGCCCAUUUUUUUCUUAUUAAAUGCAAGAAAAUCAACUGCUACAUAAGUCUUUUAAAUUCUGCAAAAACUAAGGGCCGUCUCUAGUCUGUCUUGAUCCUCAGUCUUAACACUAAAGACAAAUACAAAAAUAUUUGUAUUUGAAUGCAAAUUAAAAAAGAAAGAAAAGUGUAUGUUAAAGAUGCUACUUCUUUGAUAUAAAUUUCUAAUACUUUUUCUAAAUAACUAAAAACUGGCAUCUACCCAUAGAUCAUUGUUUAUUCUAUUAGAACUUGGCUUAUUUAUGCCUUUUGUUUCUGGUGCGAUGUAGUCCGAGUUGCUUUUAAACAGAAGUUAUACAAAAAAGGCCUGAAAAUGAAUCCUUCAAAAUAAUACCAAAUUUGUGAAAGCUUAAUACUGCAGUUUUCAUCUUGUUUAACUCCUCCUAGAGAGAGCAAUCCAAAUUAAUUAGUCGACAGAAAAGGUGCAUCCCAGACAGAACAUUUUCUGAAUUUUUUUUCCCACAAAGAUUUCUAAUAUCUUAAUACACAGUUUGGCUUUGAUAUUUGAUUCCUAAGGUUAUUUGAUAUUUGACUCCUAAGGAAUCAAAUUUCUAUCUAUCAUCUACUGCGGAGCCCCAGUAAAGAAAUUCAUAUAGUCGCUUUGAUUUCUUUUUUUAAAAAAAGAAUGCUUUAUCUAUAGCAACCCAAACUGUGAUGUGUGUUAUUACAUUUAAUAUGACAUACAAUGAAGCCAUUGGGCUCUGCCCUAAUUGCCAUUUGGCCUCUACUUAUAGCCAAGCAUGUACACUGGAGGUUUGUACAGAACUCCGAAGCAAAGGAAUAUAAACUGUUACCUGAUUUUCUUACCAAGCCCUAACCCUCUUUCAAAAAAAAAAAAAAAGCCAUGAAACUAAUUUUGUUUAGAAGAGCUGCAACAGAAACGAGUAGCAGCUGAUGGUAAAAGUUAUACUGCUGGCUACAUCCAGCAACUGGUACUGGGUCAAACCUUGGAGCAUUGCAAAGCCAUUACAUGUUGAUAUCAUCUUCUCACUCCAAGUGCUGUAACAUAUCACACUUGUAAGGUACUUCAGAAAACCAAACCGUGGGAUGUUUUUUCCCGACUCGUGCUUAAAAGUUCUGUAAAAUUAAUGAGGUUUGCUCCCGAAAGCAAGUGAUGUUAAGUGCAAUGUACAAUACGAAUUGCACUGGCUGCAGUCUUUAGAUUUGGCUGCAGAGCUAUUAAAGAAAAGUCAAAAGCCAGUUGGAAGCUGUAAUAUAAUGCCCACUUUUCAUUCUCCUGAUUAAAGGUGAGGUUUCUGCUUAAUAAAGCUCCUAGAAAUCAUCUUCCCUUUAGUUGCAAUGAAAUGCUGUCUGUCGCACACUGGAAAGUAACUUACAUUUAGCUUCAUUUUCAACACAAACAGUAACAUGAGAGAAGCUUUUUGAGGGGGUUUGCAUAUGUGUAUGUGCAUGUUUGUUUGGUGUCCCCCUGUUGCUGAAUAUUGAAUCAGUGAUUUCUCCUACUUCACUAGCACCCACCUCUGCAACUCACAGGAAAUUCUAUUUAAAUCCGACAAUAAAAUUCCCACUGAUUUAAAAUGGAUGUAGCAGACAUGAUUACUUUCAUGAAUAAAACAGCCCUAAUCCAAAAGUUGGGGGGGAUCCAAAUUGGGAGAUCUGUUGGGUUUAAAUGUAAUAUUAACAGUACAUUUCAUCUGAUUAUAGACUUGUACAAAAAAAGAGUUUGUUUAUCUUCUUGUUUCUUCAAAAUCUGUAAUCCAUCUGUUGAUCCCACAGUCUUAUGGUAAUACAGUUUUUGUUUGUAUGUGGUACCUCUGUGCAUUCAAAGUUGCCAACACAUGGUGGUGUACAAUUUGUUGAAGAGGUGUUUGAAAUGUUUUCCCUGAAAUAUAAUAUCCUACACUAAACCAUGGCAAAAGAUGUGAAUGUUAUAAAGGAGAAAGUCAUUUAAUAUAUGCUGAGUAGAAAUGAAGUGUAACUGAUAACCUCCUUAAUUUUAAGAACACAUAUAAAAUAAACUGUUAUGGAUUUGCCCUGGUCCAUCUUCAUUUUGUCUGUACCUGCAAACUAUAAUCAUUGUCCUGUUUGUGAUUUCCUCUCAUCUGAUUUCCUGUUUGUCUAGAGCAGGGGAUGUCCAACCUUGGCAACUUCAAGACUAGUGGACUUCAAGUCUCAUGGAAUGGCUGGCUGAGGAAUUCUGGGAGUUUUUUUUUUAUUAUUUUAUUAUUAUAAUUUAUAUGCCGCCCUUCUCCUGUGGGACUCGGGGUGGCUCACUCAAUAAAAACAACAUCAAUCAUCAAUAAAUACUAAAACCAAUCCAAUUAAAAUCCCCAAAAUUAAAAGCCUCGUAACCGAUCAGGGAAUUUGCUGAAAAAGCCAUGUCUUCAGGCCAGCGCAGAAAGUGCGGAGAUCAGGAGCUGUCCAGAGCUCGGUGGGUAACCCAUUCCAGAGGGUCGGUGUGGCCACAGAGAAUGCCCUCAUCCUGGGGGUCGCCAAUCGACGGCACCCGGAGGAGGGCAGCUCUAUGUGAACGCAUUGGGCAGUGGGAGGCCGGUAGGAGGUGUUCCUGCAUGUACCCCGGGCCCAUGCCAUGAAGAGCUUUAUAGGUAAGAACCAGCACCUUGAAGCGGACCCAGAAGGCCACAGGCAGUUGAACUUCAUGAAUCUUAAAGUUGCCAAGGUUGAACACCCUGAUUAGUGAAAACAUUUUAAGCUUGGAAAGGGGGCAAGAUUUCAAGGAUGUGUUAUAAACCACCAUGGAUUUAUGUAAUUUCAGGUGGGAAACUUUCAGGAACAACUACAACUAUAAUUAUAUCAAUUUAUCAAGAGUAUGUAAAAGAAAGACCAAGCCUUGGUAGCCCCAUGAAAGCAGAGCCAAAGAAACAGAAUAGAACUGUGCCUUUGGAGGAACUGAAAAGUGGCAGCAUAAUUUCCCAGUCAUUGUCAUGAGAAAUACUUUGCUUCAUUAAAAAACAGUAAACAGUAAAUAAGCUUUGGGGAAAGGGACAAAAGGGCAAAACUACACAGGAUAAUCUAAGCAAGCCUUAUAACCUAUUAUUCCUCUGCAAAACUGUGCAAAACUAGAACACGUCCGAACACAAAGCCAUGGCAGCAUCUCUGAGUUUCCUAUCAAGCCAGAGAAUGCAGCAAUUCAUUUCUCAUUAAACUUCUAAGGGAAAAAAUAAUAAUAAUGUAACUACUAUUUUGUCUUACCAAGCCAAUAAUAGGCCUCCUGUCCUAACUUCUCUCUAAAAAAAAAAAAAAAAAAUACUUUAUAGCUUUUCAUGGAUUGAACUGCUACCGGACAAAAGAUAACAACGAUGUUUGGCUAUGCGUAUAACCAGAACACAAAUUGGGUUAUUUUGUACUACAUUAUAUUCAAUUUUGAUACAGUGAUAUGAACCAGCAGCUGGCUCAAAGAGAUUAUAAUCAAGAGCAAUCUUUGUCAAAGACCAAGCCAUAUUGUGGACUUGUCUCUAAACAUGCAGCUUCCAUUCCAUUGUUUUAUGAAUCAUCUUUUUAGAAGAUUUAUACGCUCCCUUUUAAUAUUCCCAUUGUUUCUCAUCCAUGCUAAACCUAUUGUUGACACUAUCAGUUUUUCCUGUAAUUAGCUAUUGGAGUUUCCAUUACUACCUCAUAUAUCCCAUUCCAUCCACCUCAGUUACAAGUUGAUGCCCAAGUACCAUCAUUUUACCAGGAAGAUUCUCAUCUGCAAAAGUUGUACCUCUUCCAUGUUGCUGCCUAUCAGAAUUUCUGCAUCAGGACAAACAAAUUCAUGUUUGCCCAAAUAAUUCUUAUAUUAUCUGCCUUCGAGCUAGGAAAUUCUAACCUCAGCAGAUAACCAUUUCCUCCAAAGUGUAUGUACAUAGAGGGACAGUACUGAAAAUCAACUAACUUUAGACGUAUUUGAAGAGCCACAAUCUUCUAUUCUAAUGUUUAAUAGCCUAAAAGGUUCUGAACUUGGUUGCACCAGGAGAUAGGGCAAAGCAUACCUGCAAUAUGUGAGCUUGGGAGGGAGCAACUAUUGCAGGUAUAUAGGUGGUAUUCGUUACUCUAAAAGACUAUAGCACUAAGAACAAGAGGAAGAAUAGUUAACUCCUAGAUCUCAGAUAUUAGAAUGUUGCUUACUUUCCUCUGAAGCUUCUAUUGGCAUCACCUGCUGGACCAUAACUAAAUAAAAGAAGCUCUGAUAUCACAUUGAUGUUUUUGGGGAGCCUGCUUCUUAAAAAGAAGCUUGUGACUUUAGGCCUUCCCUAUUUCCAACCAACACUUAAAACACAAGGAUAUUCCAAAGAUUUUUUUCACUAAUCAUAUUGGAUUCUUGAUUUGCACUGUGACAAGAUUUUCCUUCUAAAUGGUGCAGUUUUAAUUGCAAUUUUCCAGUAAUUAUUAUCAGAAUAAUUUUUAAAAACCAUGAUGUAAUAUAAUCUAAUACAUUAUAUUGUGGAGAACAGAUGCAUGUAUAGAAACCUUGCCUAGAUAGUGGCACUUAAGAUUUACAAUGAAAUGUAAACAAUGGCUAUAGACAAUUAAUGUUAUAUAUUGUUGCAUGAUGUUUACAUUCAUGUAAACUCUUAAUCACGUAAGAAAGCAAAUGGUUUUUUACAAAUAUAUAUUUAGAACAGCAUCUGCAUUAUUAAGGUUAUAUCUGGAUUAUUAUGACCAUUUUGGUACUCUAAAGCCAAGAGUAUGAUUUUUAACCCAAGUUAAUUGCCAUCUACUGAACUGGUUUUAUGAAUGGGUUCAUACGCACUCAGAAUGGAAGUCAGUAUAAUAAUGUGGACAUAUAAAGAUUAUGCCUGCUACAGUAUUUCAAUGUGUAUGGAAACAAUAUUUAGAAACCAUAUUCAUUUUUUAAAAAAACUUCUAAUAGCACAAAAAAAAAUCUGGCAAAGUGAAGAGUGAAAAAUCUUUCUAGAAAGCAAAUCUCAUAAUCUAAUUGAAUUAUUUUAUGAGGUGUUAAAUAUACCAUCAACACUGAUUAUUAGAAUUAUUAGUACUCUAUUUGUUCAUAAUUAACACCUACUUUUUAAAUGGUUAACGCAAGCUCCAUUAAAGCCAUGAUAUAAGAACUCUUACUGUAGCCUUUUGCCCUCUUGUUUGAAACUAUGCUUCAAAAAAGGAUUUUAGUUCAUUAAAAUAAUAAAUAAAUGAGUUAUUUAAUUCUGUAUAAGGUAGAGUCAUAAAUAUUAUACCCUAGAGCGAAUUAAGUAUUCUGUUUCUCCCAUUGGGAAACAAAAAGCUUUUAACUUUCCUCCAGCUUCAUUUUAUUUCUAUUUCCCUUAAAGUAUUCCAUUUUUCUUCGAAUCAUUGACCUUCCCAAUAUUAGAAAACUGGUAACUCCCAUAUAAAAAAAGAACCAGGGCAGUCUAGAAAUACUCCAACCUAUUAACUCUGUGUAAAUGGAGCCAUUUUGAAAUAUGGAAGCUUUUAGAGCUGCUGCCUAAUUUUGUUACAUUAUCUUUACUAAAAGAAUCAUUAUGGUUUCACAUUGUAUUUCACAUGCUGUUCCUACAAAAUAGAGCUUUUGUUCAUUUUGUUCAUUGGCUUCCUCUGAAAUUCUGCAAUAGGUUGUAUCCAAAUUGAAAAACUUGGAUGCCAAUAUUGGUAUUCUCAUUUAGCAACUGCCUCAUUUAGUGACUGCUUGAAUUAUGAUGAAAAAAAAUGACUUUAUGACCAAGCAUCACAUUUUACAAUCUCCAGAAGUCUGUAAAGCAAAGGAAAGCGGAAGUAAGAUAAUUAGCACAGUCACAGUUUUACUUAGUGACUGAAUUGUUUAACACCAAGUUGUCACCUUUGAAAAGAUAGACAAGGAUAUUUUGACAGUUGCUUUCUUCCCCUGUUGCAAUAGGAUGAGGGACUCCUCGGGAAACAGGAGGAAUAAGCUGGGAAUUGCAAAGGGAAAGCCAAAUUGCAAAUUCUGCUCAGGAUAACUCUUGAGGGUGAGAGAAAAUGCUGAAGGGAAGCUGGUAUUGCCACCAUGACACAAAAUUCAGUAUGAUGAUACGUAAGAGAUGAGCCUAUGCAUGAUGAAAUUUGUCACAUAGAACCUCAUGAGCUUCUUAAGUAAGCCUGUGCAGGAGCAAACUGCUCCUCUUUGCCGAACUAUCCAUUUCAUAUUUAUUCUUAUAGUUUAUAUUUCCCACACAGGACUCAUCUGUAGAAUAAUACAUUUACUGGUUUCUUUGGUUUCACUUUUUUCCAGAGAUUUGAAUGCUAAUGAUUUCAUAUUCUUUAGGCAGCAAAUGACAUGGGGCACAAUCCAACGAUAAGAAAUAACUCACACCUUGUUAGCACAUAGCAAAGUUAAGUGUAUGGUGGGUUUUUUCUUUUUUUCUUUUUUCUCCUACAAGUAAUAGGCUUACCCUUAGCUUGAUGAUACAUAAUGAAUCCUGGAUUCUCACUGUCAUCAAAGCAUUUGAAAUCUCACCUCUUUUUUUUUUCUCCUGUUUGUUGCUUUCCCAGCUCUUCUUUCUUUCUGUCAUCCACUUUGCUUUAACCGCACAGAACGUCUGCGUCAUUAGCAUCUAAGAGCCCUUUCUACAUGCAUGGUACUUGGUCUUCUUAUACUUUUCUCAAUGCUGCUGACAUCUGUUACUGCUUAAUGUGUAGCGUUGUUAAGGAGAGGUCCAAAUAUUAAGUGCUUCAGUUUCAUGUCCCUACUGUAGACGGAAUGUAUAAAUACCAUGGUUAGAGUAGUAUAGUCAAUUUUGAAUGCUUUUUCCCUAUGAAAACUUAAAAGGAAUGUGAAUAUUUUGCUGAUUUCCUUGGUUAAUUGUAAAUGCUGAAUUGUAGUCCUAAGUAGUUGCAUUUUUGUCUGUCUUAAUAAAUUUUUAUUUGUCCGA